ACAAACUUGAAGUCGUACGCAGCCGGAGUCGCCUCUGUUGCGCACCGCAGCUCCAUCCCUCCUCCCGCUCCUCCUCCUCCUCCUCUCUCCCCCUCCCCGCGGCUCCUGCAGCAGCAACACUGACCGAGCUGUAACGGGACACUUCCAGCACAACUGGCGCACCAAAACCCUCCGUCUCUGGUGGGUCCGCGCACUUGGCUCGCGCACGCCGCUGGCAGCACCACACGUGGCGGUCGAGGAUGGAUCAUGACACUUGGAGUGGUGAACCAUCCAGGAGUGGAUUAACACACCGGAUUGGCGCUCUGCGGAUGAGUUGGAGGCUCCGGCGGUCUUAGUGCCUGCAUGAUGCCACCAUGUGUUGAAGGCCGGCCUAAUCCUGCUGAGGAUUCAGAGAGGAUCACCCUCCGUCCCUGGACAUCUUUGUGCCGCAUAUUUUGUUAUUUGACACAACCAGCUUUUCCUCUCCGUCUUUAUACCGCCCAUCGCCCCUGAGCCCCCUCCCACCUGUAUUGCACCGUUCCCUUUCCAGCUACUUACAUCGAACCUGGAUUACCCGCAGAGCUGCUGUGAAUCUGAACACCUCUAUUCUGGACAGCUGACAAAUCCGCAACAACUCAUCCACAAACAAAUGUUACAGCUGGUUUCCUAACAUCCAUCAUUCUCCGAUAGUUAGGAGCCAAAAGCCCAGUGUCAUCUGUCUCUGAGGAGAGAUUGAUGGUUAUGAGGGGUGGUGAUACCGAAAAGUCGGAAAGCUCCAGCUGGCCGAGGCUUUGCUCCGAAGGCAGCUGUUCGGCCAUCGGUGUUCCGAAGCUGGAAAGUUCAGCUCGAAGAUAAUUUUGCAUUGAUCGUCCGAUCAGAGCUGCCAACCUCGGAGCAGCAGGGUUUCCAGAUGCCGCCAUGCCCAUCAUCAGCAAUGCCAACCAUGACUUCAGCAAUCUGUCGGUCAGUGACGACAGCAGCCUCGAUCGCAUCUUCACAGAGAUCCCUGAAACUGAGACCAUCAAGGGCGUUCAUUACCAGAGGGCUCAGUUCAUCCGACGGCCGGAGGACCUGGUCUCAGUCGACCACCGCUUGUUGGCGGUCAUCAACGUGGGAGGGAAUCGCUACACCUUCCCGUGGAGUACCUUAGAACAGUUUCCUCUGACUAGACUGGGCCGGCUGUGUGGCUGCCGGUCACCGGAGGACAUCGCCAGUGUCUGCGAUGACUACGACGAAGCGAGAAAGGAAUUCUUCUUCGAUCGAUCACCUUCUGCCUUUAGGGUCAUCCUUAAUUUUCUGGCUGCGGGAAAGCUGCGGCUGCUGAGGGAGAUGUGUGUGCUGUCCCUGCACGACGAGCUCACCUACUGGGGCGUCGAGAUGGCUUACAUGGAGCGAUGCUGUAAGAGAAAAAUGUACACUCGUAUCGAGGAGGUGCACGAGCUGGAGAGGCGGGAGGAGGAGCGCCGGCAGAGGAACGCCAUGCAGCGGGUGCCGGUGGAGGAGACCAGAUACCGGAAAGUCAUGAACUGGCUGAGAGAUAUGGUGGAGAAUCCUCAGUCGGGGAUACCAGGGAAGAUCUUCGCAUGCCUGUCGGUGAUAAUGGUGGCAGUGACUGUUGUCAGCUUGUGUAUCAGCACCAUGCCCGAUCUCAGAGAGGAAGAAGACCGGGGCGAGUGUUCCUCCAAGUGCCACAACAUGUUCAUUAUAGAGACGGUGUGUGUGGCCUGGUUCUCCCUGGAGUUCCUCCUGCGCUUUAUUCAGGCUCGCAGCAAGCUGGAGUUCCUGCGCGGGCCACUCAACAUCAUCGACGCCAUGGCCAUCUUACCUUACUACGUGUCUUUGGUGGUCAGCGAUGAAGACCCCUCUGAGGAGAGUGAAAGGCCGGGAGGUAAGGGCUACCUGGACAAGCUGGGUUUGGUGCUGAGGAUCCUGCGCGCUCUGAGGAUUCUCUAUGUGAUGCGCCUGGCUCGCCACUCCCUCGGCCUUCAAACGUUGGGGCUGACGGUGAGACGCAGCACUCGGGAGUUUGGCCUUCUCCUGCUUUUCCUGUGUGUGGCCGUCACACUUUUCUCCCCGCUGGUGCACCUGGCGGAAAGCGAGCUGACGGGAACCCAUGACUUCAGCAGCAUUCCUGCUUCCUACUGGUGGGCCAUCAUUUCCAUGACGACGGUGGGCUACGGCGACAUGGUGCCCAGGUCCAUCCCCGGGCAGGUGGUCGCCCUCAGCAGCAUCCUCAGUGGGAUCCUCAUCAUGGCCUUCCCUGCUACCUCCAUUUUCCACAUGUUCUCUCGAUCCUACCACGAGCUAAAGAUGGAGCACGACAGGUUGUUUAAGGAGGAGUGCGCGGCCGCCGCCGCUGCCGCUGCUGCUACGAGCGAGCUUCCUGAUGCUGGGGCGGAUUUGAAGAUGGAGAACUUGGUUCCACCUGCACUCGAUAAGGGCAGUUUUCACUCUCUUGAGUCACUCACUCUGUUGGGCCAAGGUGGAGACAAUAACUUCAGCCUGCCGGCGGCAGCUUACUGAUCCAGCACCCCAUAGCAGGGUCACCCCUGCUUCACACCUGAUGAUAUGAGUGUGUUUAUGUGAUCUGACCACAACUGUCUCAGCUGUGACCUCUUGACCGAUCUUGAAUAUAGGCUAAGUGAAGACUGAAUUAAAGUCUUGGAAAUGCACAAACACAUUUAAUAACUUUAAAAAUUGUUAUUUGUUAGAAAAGAAAACUCAUUUUUGUAAUGUCGCUUUGACAUUGCUCAACGUUAUUGCCUGUCAUACUCUUAUAUGAAUACAGAUGAUCAAGUUUACAUGUAUUCUAAGCCAUAUUUCAAUCAUAUAUCUGUGUGGUGUCACUGAUGAGGUUCAGACAAGAUCACAAAAAUGGGCUUGAAUCUCAGGUGUAAUGGGGUCAAUGACUGACAAAAUCCAAAACUUCCAAAAAAAGGGAUCAGGUCCUCCCAUAUUAGCUGCAUCCAUAACGUGUUCCAUGGAGCGACCAUCUUUCCACCUUCCUGUGGAUUGUUUUUCAAAGACGGAAAGAAGAUUUGUCUUGCUCUUCUUCAGCAAAGCUCGUCUUUGCACACAAACUAUGUGUGACUUGCCAUCGAUAUAUAUAUCGUUACGAAACCCUUUAAAUUUGAACAUUUGAACACUGCAUCGCAGCAAUACUAGUAACUCUCUGCUUCCAUUUAACAUGCAAUAUUCAAUCCAAAGUCGCUUCUCCUCCACUGUGAAAGAAGAACUCUUGAGUUUUGUUACUUGGGUAUGUUGCCUAUGAGCUGAAAAUACUUUUCUGCCAUGAAUUCAAAUAAGUGCUCCCCUUUGUUUCUAGGGUGUUUGAAGCCAUGUUCUGAAGAAGAGUUGUCUAAACUGAAAGUAAAGGCACGGUAGAGGGUUUAAAGCAGAUGACUGGAAUUUUCACCUUUCAUCAUUUUGCAAAGAACUUUUUUUGCGGAAUGUGAUGUCAGCUCUUUUCCUUCUAUUUUAAUAAGAAAGCAUCAGAUAAAAAAAUAAAGCAUAAAGCGACUGUUGAUUUACUUCAGUUCACAUCACUGUGGUUUAGUUGUUCUCAAGGCCAUGAGGGUUCAUUGAAGGUUGAGUAUGCACCCAAGAAGCCUGAUCAUCAAUACUCUGUCUAAAGUAGUAGAUGAAACCAGUCCUACCAUCACUGGCUGUCCUCAUGGAAUCCCUCACACAGACCUCCACAAUAAAGAGAUGAUCUGGCUGUCAGAGGGUUUCCUCAACCCUUCCGGAAAGGUACCGUAUGUCUGGACGAUAAGACCCUCAGUUUUUCUCGCGGACUGAGCCCUGCGGUUUACAGACCAUACAUAAGUCGCUCCACUUAUGUACUGUAUGAACGUACGGUCCUUCAUACGAUCCACAAAAGCAUGCCACAGUAACUUGGCCCUCUUGGUUGUAUUGCCACCACUGUCUACUGGAGUUCUUUGCGAACCCUGAAGGCAUCUGUUUCCAUGUUUUUAACCUCUCACUUCUAUAUAUGUGAUCCUGCCCCUCCCUCGACAAUUGCUUCCCAUGACGACAAGCCCUCUUCUGACACCAUUUGUCACCAUUUGACGAUGACCUAAAAGAGCACAUUUCUUGGCGUGGCACAUCCGAACGCAUUUCCGAUGCACUUUAUCACACCGUUUAAUAGGUCAUACGCUGCCCUUUACCAUCGUUUGGAUUCACAACACAUACAUGCCUCAGAUGGCCAAGGUCUUCCAUGAGAGCAAGCUAAACAAAGACAUGAAAAACAAAAGUGUGGCGCCUACUCAACCUUGUCAACCAUCACAGCCUGACAACAACUACAGCACAGUGAUUGCUUAAGUACACGCACGCACAUUGUAAUCUAAAAUAAAUGAACAAAUCUUAACCACAGCAUCAGUGUUGGACGUCUUGACAAUACCUGAAGGAACAAGGUCGUCUCUUUUAAACCCUUCCAUGUUGUAUAGCCAUUUUUCUGUUCAUAUGCUCAAGCAUUUUCUAUCAUUGACUUCAGGUAAAGAUUUUGCAGAAAAUCAGACAAGAAACAAAGGAAUUCUCCUGAGCUGCUUGCAGAAAAACAAACAGGAUGAGUGAACGAGAGAGAACGAGUGCUAACAUCCAUAAAAUGUACUUUGCAACGCUCCGAAUAAAAUCUAUCCUCUUAAUCUGAGAGAAAUCCAUUAUUUCUGCUGUGGUGUUUUGGUGAGUGCCAGGCGUGGCCGUGUGUUAACCUUGGUGAGAGUCGGCCUCAAUCCUGAGGAGAAACUGCUGAGAAAAGAUGAGAUAUUUCCAGAUGUUCACUUUCUCACCCUCUUUAUUCUUCACUCUUUUGUUUCCAUGUGUGAAAUUACACCACUGA